GAACCCAAAAAGAAACAAAACAGUUUUAUUCGUAUUCUCUUCCGUUGGUCGUGUGACUCGUGUCGUUAGAUUUUUACCCAAAAUGGGUUUAACGAGGAACAGAAGAAAAACGGACCCAGAAAUCGUCAUUGCUAGAGAUACAGAUUCCGAGUUAAGUUCGGAGGAAGAGGAAGAAGAAGAAGAAGAAGAAAAUUACCCUUUGUCGGAGUUGGAGGAAGAAGACGAAGCGGUCAAAAAUGGAGGGAGAAUUGAAUUGGAGAAGAAUAAAGCGAAAGGGAAAGCACCCAUUACCGUUAAGCUUAAGAAAGUUUGCAAAGUCUGUAAACAGCCUGGUCAUGAAGCUGGAUUUAAAGGAGCAACAUAUAUCGAUUGUCCUAUGAAACCUUGCUUCUUAUGCAAAAUGCCUGGCCACACCACAAUGUCAUGCCCCCAUAGAGUGGUUACUGACCACGGAAUACUCCCAACUUCUCAUAGGAAUACAAAGAACCCUAUAGACUUUGUGUUCAAGCGUCAACUCCAAUCGAGAAUUCCACCGAUUAAACCACCAUAUGUGAUCCCGGAUCAAGUGCAUUGUGCAGUUAUUCGUUACCACAGUAGACGUGUUACGUGUUUGGAGUUCCAUCCAACAAGGAACAACAUUCUUCUCUCUGGAGAUAAGAAAGGGCAAAUUGGAGUCUGGGAUUUUGCUAAAGUGUAUGAGAAGAGUGUGUACGGAAACAUACACUCUGUACAAGUGAAUAACAUGCGGUUUAGUCCCACAAAUGAUGACAUGGUUUAUUCUGCAUCCUCUGAUGGAACGAUUGGUUAUACUGACCUGGAAACUGGAACUUCAUCAACUUUGCUGAAUCUCAACCCCGAUGGAUGGCAGGGCCCGAGUAGUUGGAAAAUGUUGUACGGUAUGGAUAUAAACUCGGAGAAAGGUGUAGUGCUUGCUGGUGAUAAUUUUGGGUUUCUUCACAUGAUUGACCACCGUUCUAAUAACGGAAUGGGUGAGCCAAUUCUGAUACACAAGCUUAGAAACAAGCACGGAAGCAAAGUUGUUGGCCUUGACUGCAACCCUGUUCAGCCUGAGCUUCUUCUCAGUUGUGGGAACGAUCAUUUUGCACGAAUCUGGGAUAUGCGUAAACUACAACCUGGAGCUUCUCUUAAUGAUCUUGCACACAAACGAGUAGUCAACUCUGCUUAUUUCUCUCCAUCAUCAGGUACAAAAAUCCUCACGACGUCUCAGGACAACCGUAUUCGAAUAUGGGACUCUAUCUUUGGGAACUUGGAUUUGCCAAGCCGAGAGAUUGUUCAUAGCCAUGAUUUCAAUAGGCAUUUGACGCCAUUCAAAGCUGAAUGGGAUCCUAAGGAUACCUCGGAGUCACUCAUUGUUGUUGGUCGUUACAUUAGUGAAAACUACAACGGAGCUGCUCUUCACCCAAUAGAUUUCAUUGAUUCAAGCAAUGGACAACUGGUUGCAGAGGUUAUGGAUCCAAACAUCACAACUAUUACUCCAGUCAACAAGUUGCAUCCGCGGGAUGAUGUUUUAGCUUCUGGAAGUUCAAGGUCGCUGUUCAUCUGGCGGCCACAGGAGAAAACAGAGAUGGUUGAGGAGAAGAAGGAUAAGAAGAUUAUGAUAUGUUAUGGUGACAGUAAGAAGAAAGGAAAGAAACAAAAGCGUUGCAGCGAUGAUGAAGAUGACGAUGACGACGACAUGUUUAGCUCGAAAGGCAAAAGCAUUAAAAUCAACAAGUCUCAAGCAAAAACAACCAAGUCUACUCGGAAGACAAAAACUUAAGAUGAAGAAAGAUGGCCUUUAUGUAUAACUAACUCACUCUUUCUUUUUGUAGGUUAUCUUGUACAUAUUCUGUUUUAGUAGCAUGCCCUGUUUUGCCUUUGGCUGACGGGCCGAUCUAUAACAUAAACACGGCCCUGGAUUUCAAGUCAAAUUUAUAUGUCUAUUACUUAC